CCGCCGCUCGCUCGCACCGCGGACAGCGCUCCACGAUGAUGCUGCAGCUCGUGCUCCUCGCCGCGCUCGCCCUGUGCGGGCGCUGCUCCGAGCUGGAUCUCGAUGGCAUGCAGCGGGUGGUCGGCGGCACCGAGGCGCGCUCGCACGCCUGGCCCUACCAGAUCUCCCUGCAGUAUUACUCCGGGGGCAGCUGGCACCACACCUGCGGCGGCUCCCUCAUCCACAGGAACUGGGUGAUGACCGCCGCCCACUGCGUCAACAAUAACAUGAACUACCGGGUGGUGGCCGGCGAGCACAACCUCAACAGGAACGAGGGCAGCGAGCAGAUCUUCAGCGUCAGCAGGAUCAUCGUCCACCCCUACUGGAACAGCAACAACGUGGCCGGGGGCUACGACAUCGCCCUGUUCCGCCUGAGCGGCUCCGCCACCCUGAACAGCGCCGUGCAGCUGGCCGUGCUGCCCCGGGAGGGCACCAUCCUGCCCAACAACUACCCCUGCUACAUCACGGGCUGGGGCCUGACCCGCAGCAACGGGCAGCUGUCCAGCGUGCUGCUCCAGGCCUACCUGCCCGUCGUGGACUACCAGACCUGCUCCAGCCCGUCCUACUGGGGCUCCACCGUCAAGAACACCAUGGUGUGCGCCGGCGGCGACGGCGUGCGCUCCGGCUGCCAGGGCGAUUCCGGCGGUCCCCUGCACUGCGCCGUCAACGGCCAGUACCAGGUGCACGGCGUCACCAGCUUCGUCUCCAGCCAGGGCUGCAACGUCGCCCGCAAACCCACCGUGUUCACCCGCGUCUCCGCCUACGUCUCCUGGAUCAACAGCGUCAUCGCCCAGAACUGAGCCGAGCGGGACGAGCGCUCGCUGCCCCCCACCCGGGGCCAUCCCCUGACUCCCCCCCACCGCGCUCCGGCCUUCUCGCGCCAGAGGCGGCCUCAAUAAAAUCUCUCUUCCCGUC